AGCUACCGUGCACGUCACUAGACUCGGACUUCUAGGUUGCUCCUUGAUUGCCUGGGAUUCACGUUACCAUCCCUCACCCAGGCAACAUUGGCGCAUGCCAUUAGAAAGGUCGAUGCAGUUUUUCAAUCGCCAGUAAAACAAGAAGAAGAGAAAAAACAAGGCGAGAUUGCCAAAAUGCCUUCCGAUAUCCGGUCUUUCUUUGGACCCAAGGGUGGUGGCGCUCCAAAACCUACUCCACGAAAAGCUGAGGAGCUGGCCAAGAGCAAGCGUACAAAGGGAAGAAAGGUCGUCGAAGAUAGCGACGAUGACGAAGAUGAAGCAGUAGAAGUGCAAAAGCCUACCACUAAACCCGCCCCAAAGAGAAAAGCCAAGGAGGAGGAAACUAAGGGCGUGGCUAUUUCUGCUAAUGAUUACUUCGCUGCCACAAAGAACAGCAAGCCUACAAACUCAGCAACACCCAAAAAGCCUGCUGCAAAGCCUGAUAUUCCCGUUCGAUCAAGUCCCCGAGGAAAGCCUACUGCUUCGAAGCCCGCAGCAAUAGCGAAGAAUGAUAAAGCUUCUGCCACACGAAAAUCAACAACCUCUUACUCACGCCACAAUGCCGAUCAGGAUUCUGAUGCUUACAUGGAUGAUGGGGACGAUGACGACGAAGAUAUUUUUGCAGCUGAUGCCAAGGGUGGAAGUAAGCGCAAGAACGACGACUACGAGGAGGACGAAUCCGAGGACGAGGAACUUCCUAAGCCAAAGCGAAUAGCGACUCGAGGCUGCUCAUCCGCCGUCAAGAAGGAAGAGAAGGAAGAACAAGCCAAACCUACAGCAAAAGGCAGAAAGCGAAAGGCUUUAUCAGAAGACUCAGAAGAGUCAGAAGAAGAGGCCCCACGCAAGAAAGCGGCUACAACUAAACCCAAAGCUGCAGCCAAACCUCGAGCUCCAAGAAAGAAGAAUGAUGACCCUGAAGAUGAAGAGAUCAAGGAUAUUCUCGAUAACAUUACUACCGUUCGUGCCCCUACACCACCACCCAAAGAUGACAAUGCCAAGUUCGAUUGGCGAAAGAACGCAUUCGGAGGCGGUAAUGCAUCUGCUCAGCCAGCUGCCGGUGCAGCUGACCUCCCCGAAGGCGCGGAUGAAUGCUUGACUGGCCUUAGUUUUGUCUUCACGGGUGUUUUACAGACCAUUAGUCGUGAUGAGGGGCAAGCUCUUGUCAAGAGGUAUGGUGGUAAAGUCGUCGGUCAGCCGAGCAGCAAGACAAGUUUUGUGGUUUUGGGAGAAGACGCCGGGCCAAGUAAGCUGGCAAAGAUCAAGUCUAUCGGCAUCAAGACAAUUGACGAGAACGGACUUUUCGAACUGAUCCGCAAACUUCCUGCAUUUGGAGGUGGCGGCAAAGGAGCCCAGAAGGCCCAGGAGAAGAAAAAGGCCGAAGAAGACAAAGUCAAGAAACAGGUUGCAGAGAUGGAGGCCGAAGAGAAGGUUCGAAAGGCAGAGGCUGCGAAGGCCGCCAAAAAAGCGGCUGCCGCUGGAGGGCCUCCUGUGAAGGCUGCUACGGCACCCCCCGUUCAAUUACUGACUUCAAAGUAUGCACCCACACAGCUUGGCCAUAUUUGUGGCAAUAAGGCUCAAGUCGAAAAGAUCCAGAACUGGCUCAGAAACUGGCCAAAACACAAGAAAUACAACUUUCAAAGAAGGGGUGCUGACGGGAUGGGCGGCGAGCGCGCCAUCAUCAUCUCUGGACCCCCUGGAAUCGGCAAGACAACCGCUGCUCACCUAGCUGCGAAGCUGGAGGGAUAUGACGUUUUGGAGAGCAAUGCAAGCGAUACUCGAAGCAAGAAGCUCGUCGAAAACGGAGUGAGUGAUGUCAUGAACAACACGUCGCUUCUCGGUUACUUUGCUGGCGACGGCAAAGAUGUGGAUGCAACCAAGAAGAAGAUUGUUCUCAUCAUGGAUGAGGUUGACGGUAUGUCUGCGGGCGAUCGAGGCGGUGUCGGUGCUUUGGCAAAGUUCUGCAAAAAAACACAGGUUCCCCUGAUACUCAUCUGUAAUGAGCGAAGACUGCCCAAGAUGAAGCCUUUCGACCAUGCAGCUUUCGACAUCCGAUUCAAUCGCCCAACUGUGGAUCAAGUUCGAUCUCGCGUCAUGACGAUUUGCCACAGAGAAGGGCUCAAGCUUCCUGCUUCUGUGGUAGAUGCUCUUAUCGAGGGAAGCAACAAGGAUAUUCGACAGAUCAUCAAUAUGAUUUCCACGGCAAAAUUAGACCAGACAAGUAUGGACUUCGACCAAAGCAAAGCCAUGUCUAAGGCUUGGGAAAAGCACGUCAUCCUUAAGCCGUGGGAUAUCUGCCAAAAGAUGCUGGCAGGUGGAUUGUUCACCCCCGCAAGCAAGUCAACACUUAAUGAUAAGAUUGAGCUCUAUUUCAACGACCACGAGUUCAGCUAUCUCAUGAUACAAGAGAACUAUCUCCGAACAAAACCUAUGGCGUUAAAUGGAAAGGGAUAUAACCAACGCGAGCUCAAGCUCAAAGCUCUCGAACUGUUCGAUAAUGCAGCAGAGAGCAUCAGCGACGGAGACCUUGUCGAUCGUAUGAUCCACGGACCUCAGCAACAUUGGAGCCUGAUGCCCACACAUGCUGUGUUUAGUACGGUCCGCCCCGCCAGUUUUAUAGCAGGCCAGCUCAUGGGCUCCAACUUCACGUCGUGGUUGGGCAACAACAGCAAGUACGGAAGAUUGGGUAGGUCGAUUCGAGAAGUUCACUCUCACAUGCGCCUCAAAUCUUCUGGCGAUCAUAACGAGAUUCGCCAGCAGUACCUCCCUGUUCUUUGGACGCAGCUUGUAGAUCGUCUACAGAAGCAGGGCAACGAGGCAGUGUCAGAGGUCAUUGAUUUGAUGGACAGUUACUACUUGACUCGUGAAGAUUUCGAUGCUGUUCAGGAACUCGGUGUCGGACCGAUGGACGAGGAACACGUCAAGAUUGAGACCAAGACCAAAGCUGCUUUCACCCGAACAUACAACGCAAUGAGCCACCCAGUUCCCUUCAUGAAGGCCAGCAAUGUCGUCGCUCCCAAGGCUCAGCCCAAGGAGGUUCCUGAUCUUGAGGAAGCUGUCGAAGAUGAUGAUGUCGAGGCAGUCGAGGCACCUGAGGUCGACGAAGAAGAUGACGAAAUCGAUUUCAAGAAGGACAAGUAUAUAAAAAAACCGAAAGCCAAGAAGGUCACCAAGAAGGCGGCCAAGGCUGCUGGCGACGACGAAGAAGAGGACGAGGAUAAACCUAAGCGAGGUCGAACCAAGGCCAAGGCUACUGGUGCCAAGGCUAAGGGGAAGAAGUAAAUGACGGCCGAGUUAUGGCAUGGCAUUAAAUGUAACAGAUAAUACUCGGUUGUGGUUCAUUGUAAGUAAGCUAGAGGCAUAUCACGUUCAGUUAGUGUUUAGUAUGGAGGCGAGAUGGGGAAAACGGAGUCAAAGGUAACGAGCCAGCCCUCGUUGUAUUAUAGAUUUCUAGUAAUAACUUAAGAAAUGAGAUUCAGAUACUUCGAUAAAUAGUAGCCAUA